GGAAUCGUAGUCCUGCGCUCCGCACCGCCCGGGCGGCUUCCUCGGCGCAGCCGCCCCGGGAACUACGCGGCCCGGCACGCCCGGAGCCGCCGCCGUCCUUCCUGUGGCCGCGGCGGGAGCGCGGCGCCGCCAGGGCCGAGCCGUAGGCUAGAGUAACUGACAGAAUCUAAAAGGAGACAUAUUUAGCAAAUAUGGAAGAGGAUACCAAACCUAUCUUGGUUCCUGUGGGAGGUGAUGAAAGCAAUUAUGGAAUCAUGAAUAUACAGUUUAAUCCAGAAGACUAUAAGUGCAAAAGACCAUUUCACGUGGAGCCCACAAACAUAGUCAGUGAGAAUGAUGACAUGCAAAGAGUCACUGAUGAAGCUUCAGCAAUGAAUAAGCGGAUUCAUUACUAUAGCAGGCUCACAUCCCCUGCAGACAGGGCACUGAUUGCUCCUGAUCAUGUACUCCCAGCUCCUGAUGAAAUCUACGUGUAUAGUCCAUUAGGAACUGCUUUUAAAGUUGACACUUGCACAGAUGGCUAUGGUAAAAACUCCAGUCUAGUGACAAUAUUUAUGAUAUGGAAUACAAUGAUGGGUACGUCCAUAUUAAGUAUCCCAUGGGGAAUUAAACAGGCAGGCUUCACUUCUGGAAUUAUUCUCAUCUUACUGAUGGGCAUUUUGACUCUUUAUUGCUGUUACAGAGUUGUGAAAUCGCGGCAAAUGAUACCUUUAGCACAUACCUCAAACUGGGAAUUCCCAGAUGUUUGCAAGUAUUACUUUGGAUCCUUUGGUCAAUGGUCAAGCCUCUUAUUUUCUAUGGUAUCGCUUGUUGGAGCCAUGGUUGUUUAUUGGGUACUUAUGUCCAACUUUCUGUUCAACACAGGGAAAUUUAUAUACAACUUUGCUCAUGACAUUAAUGUAACAGAUAUUGUUCCUGGCACCAAUGGAAGUAACAAAGUCAUUUGUCCGAGUGCUGCUAGUGAUCACCAACCACAGAACAGGAGUGUGAUGUUUUCUUCUGGCAACAGAACAGGUUUUGAACUCUUUGAGGAAUGGUGGGACAGAUCGCAAACAGUACCGUUUUACCUGAUUGCAGUUCUUCUACCCCUGCUAAAUCUGAAGUCUCCAUCCUUCUUUGCAAAAUUUAAUGUCCUAGGUACAGUUUCAGUUGCCUACUUAGUUUUUCUGGUUACAGUAAAGGCUGUUCAUCUGGGAAUACACUUAGAAUUCAGAUGGUUUACAGAGAAUGAAUUUUUCGUACCAGAAUUUAGAAUUCUGUUUCCUCAGCUCACAGGGGUUCUAACACUUGCCUUCUUCAUCCACAAUUGUGUCAUCACACUUCUUCAGAAUAACAGGAAUCAAGAAAACAAUGUGAGAGAUCUCUCUAUUGCAUACUUCCUGGUUGGACUAACAUAUCUGUAUGUUGGAGUGAUAAUUUUUGCAUCUUUUCCUUCUCCACCAUUAUCCAAAGAAUGUAUUGAACAGAAUUUUCUAGAUAACUUUCCCAGUGAUGACAUAAUGUCAUUUGUUGCAAGAAUAUUCCUGCUGUUCCAAAUGAUGACUGUAUACCCACUGUUGGGCUAUCUGGCGCGAGUCCAGCUGUUAAGACAGUUUUUUGGAGAUGCUUACCCAAGCCUUUUCCAUGUGCUUAUCCUGAACCUAGCCAUUGUAGGAGCUGGAGUAGCAAUGGCAAGAUUUUAUCCAAAUAUAGGAGGUAUCAUAAGAUACUCAGGAGCAACAUGUGGUCUGGCCUUUGUAUUCGUGUAUCCAUCACUCAUCUACAUGAUCUCCCUGCGCCGUGCUGGGCAGCUGACAUGGCCCACAUUGAUCAUUCACAUCUUUAUAAUCCUCCUUGGACUGGCUAAUCUGAUUGCACAAUUCCUAUUGUGAAAACUCCCCCUUCUCCUAUGGCUGUCACAAGUGGUACUGUGAUAUUUGGCAACAACCUUGAGCAACACUGUGAAGCAUGAGAACCAUCCUCAGGUCCUUGAGGAUCUUGAGAAGAGCUGCACCUUUGAAACAAAUUCUAAACACAUCGUUCAAGUGCUUAACAAGUAUCAUGUCUUGCUUCCCUGAAAACACAAUUUUAUGAGAAGUGAAAUGAUUCAGAUUUGAGUGAUACAGUUCUCCUGGUUUUGUUGAAGAUACAUCAAAAGUUGACGAAGCUCAAAUAUUUUAAUUUUUUGCAGCACAUUUCUCCAAACAAAGCUUCCAGCCUCAAGCUGUGGAAGUCUUUCCUUCAAAGGAGCUGUCCUUACCUUGAUUAGCAGACAUGCUUUCUCAGUAUUGUUCAGUGACUCUUUGAAAUGCUCUUUUGUUGGAGUUAUUUUCCUGAUUUGUUUGGAAAAUGAAGAAUUUAUUGUCUUUCCUCUUUUUUUUUAGGUUAAUUUAUA